GAAUACCCUAUAUCAGUGGUUGUACUUAUUUGAAACACAAUAUUUCUGAUCUUGUACCAACUGACUUUACUCAACAAAUAUUCGUCUGUCAACAAUUAUGGAUGAUACACGUAUAGAAUGGAUGAAACAUGUUAUAUACAAAGGGUUGAACUUAGUGGACAAUGAUAUAUUUCUUGAAUUUCUUGAACGUAACGAUAAUGAAAAUGAAUUGGAACUAGCAAAAUUUUUAAAUGAUUCACCGAAAGAUGAAUAUCAAAUAUUAAUAUUCUAUAAAACAUUUUAUGAAGAAGAAGUUGAAGAAAUCUUGGAAAUACCAAGAAAACAAUCUACAAAUGGUUUAACAGAUGUUGAUGGUGAAGUUCAAUACGAACAAACUAACAAUAAUUUGGAUAAUUCUGAAGAAAUGACAACUAAUCAGAAACAUAUUCCUGAUGAAAUUCCUACUAAUAAUCACAAUACUAACAAUAAUGAAAUGAAUGAAAAAGGUGAUGAUUCACUUAUAGAUGAAACUGAUACCUCUUUAAAAUAUACAACUAUUAUUAAUCGAAAAACAAUAUGGCGUACUCGUCUAAGUAUGAAAAAUACAAGUGUAGACGUUGGAGCAUUAACAGAAGAAUAUGUUUAUUUUAUUCGAAUUACAAAGGGUUAUAUUAAUGCACCGAAUGAUUUAAAACAAACAUUUAAUUUUAUGCCAAGUCAAAUGCAAUGGGGUUAUAUGCGUGGAAGUUUCCUUCAAAAUUUACAAAAUUUAUUAAAACAAAUUUAUUCACCAUUAUUAAAAGAUCAACAAUUAAUGUUGCAUGAGAAUAAUCAAUAUCAACAGGAACUAGAAGUUUCUGAAAAAGAUCAAUUAGAAUUAAGUGAAAAUAAAGUAAAAGAACAACAAGAAAAUGAAGAAAUGAAACAAAUAGUUGAAACAAAAGAUGAAUUUUUAAUAAAUACAAGAAAAUUUUGUCGUAUUGUUGAAACAACUAUACAUCAACUGAAUAGUGAUAUUGUUUUAGAACUACCAAAUAUAGAUGUGACUGAAGAUGAUUUAGAAAUUGUGAAAAGUUCAAAAUUUAUUAUCAUUGAAAAAACUAUCAUAUCAUGGAACAGACAGAUUCGUCAAACAUUAGAUAUUUUGCUAGAAAAAAAACCAAGUGAUAAUAGUCCAUUGAGCUUGAUUGACUACUGGCGUGAUCGUAAUCUAAUACUUGGAACAUUAAUAGAACAAUUGAAAAGAUCAAAUGUUAUACGAUUUUAUCAUUUACAUCAAAUAUUAGAAAAUGAUACAUAUAAUGCAUUAUUUAGUGAAACAAACAGUUUAUAUGUACAAGCCAGGGAUAAUGUGAAAUUUCUUUCAUUAUUAGAAAGACACUUUAAAACAUUAACUUUUGGCAAUAAAAUUGAAUCAUUAAUUGAUAUUAUUCAUCCACUUAUACAAACAUUUCAUAUGAUAUGGGUUUUAUCUCGAUAUUAUAAUCGUGAUGAAAAUAUGGUACAAUUAUUUGAACGGACAGCAUUGGCUAUAACUAAUCGAGUUAUUCAUGCUGUUAAUUUUCCAAAUGUAUUCCGAUCUGAUCUAAAACAGUCUAUUUCAUUAAUGAAAACUAUAAUAAAUCUUUUAAAUCAUUGGAAAAAUGUAUAUUAUGAAAAACGUUCUGAAAUUGAAACAGUUGGUCGUGAUGCUCGUUGGGAAUUUGAUAAAGUUAAAUUAUUUGGUUAUACAGAUUAUACAUGUUCAAUUUGUGAAAAUUUAUUAGAAAUAUUAAUAACAAUCAAAGAUUUUAGAAAUAUUUUUAGUUCUGAAUUAAAAUCAGUUACAUGUGAUACAAAGAAAAUAGAUGAAGCAAGUCAACGUGUUAAUAAUAUUAUUGAAAUGUUUUGUCAGAUGAAAAUGGAUCCAUUUAAUAAAGAAAAUAAAAUUUGGUGGUAUAAAGAAUUAGAAAAAUUUCAUAAUCUUGUUGAACAUCUUGAAUAUGAAGCUAAUUCAUUAAUUAAUGAUUCAUUUACAUUAUUACGAUCUAGUGAAUCAGUAUUUGAUAUAUGGUGUAAAUUUCGUCAUAUUAAAACACGUUCAAAAAUUCAUAAUUUAUUAAAUGAAAAAUUUAUAGAUAUAUUAAAACAAUAUGAAAAAGAAUUAAUCAAUAUUAGUAGUAUAUUUCAUCAAAAUGCAAUUUUACCACCAUUUCAUAAUAAUCAACAAAAUGAAAUAAUGAUACGUAUAUUAACUAAAUUUAUACCACCAAUAUCUGGUUUAAUUCAAUGGGAAAGAUAUUUAUUAAAUUGUAUUAAAAAACCAAUAUUAAAAUUUUUAAAAAUUAAUGAAUUAAUGAAAAAUGAUGAAGGAAAAUCUAUACGUAAUCAAUAUAUUAUUAUUGGUAAACAAAUGAAAAAUUAUGAAGAACAAUUAUAUAAAUAUUGGUUAAUACAAAUAGAACAAUCAUUUGAUCAAUAUUUAAAUCAAACUUUAUUAAAACAACAAGAUUUAAUUAAAUCAUCAAUGAUAACAAGAAUAUCUUCUUUACCAAUAAGUCGUUUAAGUUUAAAUUCUUCAUUGAAAAGUGAACAAAAUACAAAUGAAUUAAGUAGAAUAGCUAUAGAAUUCAGUAAAUAUGAAUUAUUAGUUAAUUUUCAUCCGAAUAUCUUGGUAACAAUAACAGAAGCAAAACAUUUGGAAGCGUUAGGAUUUAAAAUACCAGAGAUUGUUAUAAAUGCUGUAAUGAAAGAAUCUAGCUAUAUAGUUUAUGUGGAGAAGUUGAAAUUUUUAGUUAAACGAUGUCAUGAAUUAUUUACACAACUUGAUCCCGUUGAAUUAACUAUACUGGAAUCAUAUAUCAUCAACUUGAGAACAAUUAUGAAACCUGGAUGGGAUAUAUUGAAUUGGAAAAGUCUUGGUAUAAAUGAAUUUAUUACAAAAGUAGAAGAAGAAUUAAAUCGAUUCGCUUCCAUGUGUAACUUAUGCAAAAAAACAGCCGCAGAUAUUGAAGCGCGUUUAGAAUUAAUUGGUUUAGCUGAUUUAUUUCCAACACCCAAGUGGACAGAUGAAUAUCAGAAGACAGCAAUGGGAGAAUAUUUCACAUGCAAGGAAUAUUUUGCACAGACAGUUAUUGAAAGACAGAAACAAUUUGAAGAGUUACGUAUGCAACAUACCUCAUUGACACCAUUGAUUAUUAAACUUGAAGGUGCAAUAACUCAGCAAAAUACAGGGAAUAGUAAAAUAAUGGUCCCUUAUUUUGAAUAUUGGGAGAAAAAGCUAUUCGAUCGAAUUUAUGCGAUGGUGAUUAGAAAUCUUCAAUCAUAUUUAAAUCGUAUUUCUCGUCAACAAGAGCCAUUGUUUGCAGUUGAUCUUAUGUUAGCUGGAACAGAUGUAGUUGGUAAUCCACAGCCAGCUGAACUUUAUCGACUAGUCAUUCAAGAAUUAAGGGAUGCGAUUGAAUCAACACGUGUAUUCGUUAGAUGGUAUCGUGGUUCAUGUGUAAUUGCUCCAGGUGUUAAGAUUGAUGGUAGUGAAGAUUUACACUAUUUUACUUUUUAUGAAGAAAUUGCAAAAUCCAGUGAAAUAGCUGAUUUAGUUCAACAAAUUGCAAAAGUUUAUGCGAAUACAGUUGAAAAAGUGAAACGAUUUCAAGAUAGUUGGCGUAAACAUAAAGGGAAAUUUGUUGCCAAUAAAUUAACUCAAGUGGAAAAAUGGAUGGAAACACCUCGUACUGCAAUUGAAAUUCAUGAGAAAAUAUUAGAAAUGAAUAAUAAAUUAAAUGAUUUAUGUGAAACACCUGAAUUAUUGAAUAUUGGUUGUAUACAAUUAAGAUUAAAAAGUUUAAUUCAUAAUAUACAUGAACAUAAUAGAAAAUGGACAAUAGCCUAUGGUAAACAACUUCAUGAUAUUGGUAAAGAAAUGUUGACAAGUUUACAUGAAGAGUUCAAACAUCGAUCCGAAGAUCUAGAAGAUGUGCCAACAACACUGACUGAAUUAAAAGAUAUUUUGCGUGCUAUUCAUGAAAUCAGAUUAACAACAUUGGAAACUGAAGAAAAAUUAAUCGAUAUUGAAGAACGUUAUCGUUUAUUAAAUUAUCACAAUUUACCGGUACCGGAAAAUGAAAUUGAAUCAGUAAAAAGUUUACGAUCAGUAUGGAUGAAUUUAGUAAAAUUUGCAAAUUAUAAAGAACAUACAUUGAGUCGAAUCAAAAACAAAUUUGCUAAAAUUACUUUAGAAGAUAUUACAAAGUUUAAUCAGUUGGUGAUUGAGUUUGAAAAACGUUUCACAGAAAAUGGUCCUGGCACAUUGAUCAAUGAUUUGGAUUUAGCUGUAACAUCUGCAAAAGAGUAUCAUGAAGAACUAAAUGAACUUGAAAUUAAACGCAAAGAAUUAACAUCAGCUGAACAACUUUUUAAUUUACCAUUAACUCAAUAUCCUCAAUUAAUUAAUAUUCAGAAAGAAUUGAAUGGAUUAGAUCAGUUAUUCAAUAUUUAUUUGAAACAAAAGCAAGCUCGUGAAGAAUGGUCACAAAUAUUAUGGAGAGAUUUGAAUAUAUCAAUUUUACAAAGUGGUAUUGAAAGUUAUUUAAAAGAUCUAAGAAAUUUACCAAAAUCUGUUAGAACUCUACCAAUCGGACGUGUAGUAUUUGAACAAAUUCGCACAUUUCGAGAUUCAUUACCAUUGUUUCUGGAUUUAAAAAAUGAAGCUUUAAGAGAAAGACAUUGGAAUGAAUUGAUGCGUAAAACAGGACAAACAUUCGAUAUGAAUCCAGAAACAUUUACAUUGGCAAAUAUUUUCUCCAUGGAAUUACAUCGGUUUACAGAUCAAAUAUCUGAAAUUGUAGCAUUUGCAAUCAAGGAAUUAAGUAUCGAAAAAGGUGUUAAAGAAGUUGAAGAAACUUGGCAAAAUCUUAAUUUCAAUGUUAUCAGUUAUGUGAAAGCAGGUCAAAAUAGAGGAUACGUUUUAGGUGCACUAGACGAUAUAAUUCAAAUACUUGAAGAUAAUUCAAUGAAUUUACAAUCAAUGGCAUCAAGUAAAUUUAUUGGUCCAUUUUUAUCAACUGUACAAUUAUGGGAGAAAAAUUUAAGUAUAAUUAGUGAAAUAAUUGAAGUAUGGUUAAUUGUUCAACGUAAAUGGAUGUAUUUAGAAGGAAUAUUUAUUGGCGGUGAUAUACGUGCACAACUACCAGAAGAAGCUGCCAAAUUUGACAACAUUGAUAAAAUGUUUAAAAAGAUUAUGUUUGAAACAAAUAAAUUACCGAAUGUGAAAACAUGUUGUUUAGUAUCUGGUCGAUUGAAUGAAUUAACUAUUCUUGGUGAAGGAUUGGAACGUUGUCAAAAAUCAUUAAAUAAUUAUUUAGAUUCUAAAAGAAAUGCUUUUCCAAGAUUUUUUUCAUUUCUGAUGAUGAAUUAUUGA